AUGCACGGUGGAUACGGAAUGCCCCAGCAAGCACCGCCCAUGCAGCAGGCACCGCCACCACCACCACCUCACCAGAACAACUUCAACAACAUGCAGCCGAUAACGAAUCAGCCUAUGCCAAAAGACGAACCUCUUGAAAUGCCUACACAAGAACAAAGCUUGGUUGGAAAUUUGACAAUUUGCUGUGCAACAAUUUUCAACGCAAUUUGCUGCCCCUUCACAAUCUGGAACGUCGUCAAUGUUGUCCAAGAAUACGAGCGCGCCGUUAUCUUGCGAAACGGUAUCAUCCAAGGAAAAGCGUCUGGCCCAGGACUCUUCUGCAUCAUUCCAGGACCAGAUGAAUUCAAGCGAAUUGAUCUUCGAGAGAGAGCUGUUGACAUUAUGCCUCAGCAAGUUUUGACGAAAGACUCCGUCCCACUCAGAGUCGAUGCUGUUGUCUACUACAAAAUUUUCGAUCCAACAAAAAUGGUCCUUCGAGUCACUGACGCCAAUGCCUCGACCAUUCAAACAUGCGCGACCAAUCUCAGAAGCUGUCUUUCAAACUACGAUCUUCGUCAGAUUCUAGACAACAUGCCAGCUAUUACAAACCAGCUCCUCCAGCAAGUUGAUAAGGCAACGGAUCCCUGGGGAAUCCAAGUCACCAAAGUCGAGAUUAAAGACGUCCGACUUCCUCCCCAGAUUCAGCGAUCUAUGGCCGCCGAAGCCGAGUCUUCUCGGGAAGCAAAAGCUAAGAUCCUCGCCGCUGAAGGAGAAAAACACGCGUCAGAGGCUCUCUCCGAAGCAGCUGCAAUCAUGAACGAAGCUCCCGCCGCUCUGCAGCUUCGAUAUCUUCAGACUUUGGCUCAAAUCUCCACUGAAAAUCCAUCAACAAUUCUCUUCCCGCUUCCGAUGUCCCUGGCUCAGUAA